AUGACUGCUAAAAAUGUAAAAACUCUUGAACCCUCUACUGCUGUUAAGAAACCCCAUUCUAUGACUAGUAUGUAUAUUGAUCCCAUUAGUAUUGAACCCAAUGUUGGUGUUGCUAAAGAUUAUCCUGUUAUGCCAAAUGUUAUAGAAGAUGUUGAAACCUCUGAAACCGAUAAAGAGGGGUCUGAAGGGAUGAUUGGUGAUCUGGUUGACAAAGAUGAACACUCUGUUGAGAAAAAGGAUCAAUCCACUGACAUAGUAAAUAUAGAGGAUCUGGACUCUGAUGAUGUACCCAUCGUCCAAAGACUUGCUCCAGGAAUAACUAAAAGAUUGAAGAACAGAAAAUGUCAAGCUAUUGAAUCCUCCAACACGCCCUCCAAAUCUCUCAGGAAAAGAGCUAGUGUUGGCCCUACAAAAAGAUGGAGCAAGGUUGUUACUCAUAUUUCUAAGAAUAAACCCCUCAAGAGGAAGGAAAUUCCUUCCGAGUCUAGUGAUUCUGACCAUGAUGUCGGACACAAUGUUCAGGACAUCGUAUCUACUACCAGAAAGCAAGCAUAUGGGAAGAAGAUUCUAACAAGUAUUCCUGAAGUUCCAAUUGACAACAUUCCCUUUCACUCUGUAGAGAAUGUUGAGAAAUGGAAAUUUGUUUAUCAAAUAAGAUUAACACUGGAAAGGGAACUGGGAAAAAAUGCUUUUAAAUGCAAAGAGGUGAUGAGUCUGAUUCAAGAGGCUAGAUUAAUGAAAACUGUAACUAGAUUUGGCAAGUGUUGUGAAAUACUUGUAAAAGAAUUUAUUAUGAACAUCUCUAAGGAAUUUGAUAAUAAGAGGAGCAAAGAGUUUAGAAAAGUGUAUGCCAGAGGAAGAUGUGUGGAUUUUUCUCCUGAAGUAAUAAAUAGGUUUUUGGGCAUAAAUGAAGAUGAAAAAGCUGAAUUAGAAGUCUCUAACAAUGUUAUCUGCAGAUAG